UCUUCAUACGGAACUCUUCGCCUUCGUCUUCUCUCUCUCUCUCUCUCUCUCUGCAACAAUCAACGACGGGCGUACGAGGAGAGCAGUACGCCGGAGCUGUCCCUGGAAAAGAUAUGGGAAGGACGCCGUGCUGUGACAAGAACGGGCUGAAGAAGGGCCCGUGGACGCCGGAGGAGGACCGGAAGCUGAUCGACUACAUCCAGAGGCACGGCUACGGUAACUGGAGGACCCUCCCUAAGAAUGCCGGGUUGCAGAGGUGUGGGAAGAGCUGCCGCUUGCGGUGGACCAACUAUCUGAGGCCCGACAUCAAGAGGGGUCGGUUCUCGUUCGAAGAGGAAGAGACCAUCAUUCAUCUCCAUAGCUUGCUGGGCAACAAGUGGUCCGCCAUCGCCGCCCGCUUGCCCGGGAGGACGGACAACGAGAUCAAGAACUUCUGGAACACCCACAUACGGAAGAGGCUUCUCCGCAUGGGGAUCGAUCCGGUGACCCACAGCCCCCGUCUCGAUCUCCUCGACCUCUCCUCGAUCCUCAGCUCUUCUCUCUACCCUUCAUCCAACAUGAACUUCUCGAGAUUGGUCGGAGUCCAGCCCCAAGUUGACCCCGAACUACUAAGUCUUGCCACUUCACUCCUAUCAUCUCAACAUCAACGUCACGAUUAUCUUUCACAAGCCCCGCAAGAGAUUAACCAAAGCCAAUGCCAAGCGCUGCCUGAAAACUACCAGAUGCAAGCUCCGAUUCAAGAAGUCCCCGUUUGCAUGUCGGCAAGCGCUGACCGUGCUUCGUUUACCAACGAAGAAGCCUCGAGAUUCCUUCAGUCCAAUCUAGAGCAACAAUUCCUGUCGAAUCUCGCCGGCUCGAGCUGCCAAAGUACUCAAGUCAUGGAUUGGACGGAUAAUGGGCUGCCCUCGAGCUUUACAGAUGACUAUGCUCUGAUCCCACAUGACUACGAGAACCUCUGCGUUCUUGAUCAAGCCAUAUCGAAUUCCUCAGCUAUAUCAACGCCUUCAUCGAGCCCGGCGCCAAUGAAUUCAAACUCAACGUGCAUCAACGGCUGCGGCACUGAAGACGAAAGCUAUAGCAGCAACAUGAUGUUAACAUACGAAGUACCGGAUGUGCUAGAUUGUAACGAGCCCCAGCUAAUGGGAAGCUACCAAUUUUUCGGGUCUUGGAGUCAAUGUUUGUAGUUGUGGAGCUUUCUUGUAUCAAACUUGUUGUAACUCUAAUAACAUUAAUACGAGGAAGCAAGAUCAUCACUGUUCUUUUCAA